AUGAAGUCUACUAUCAUCCUCACCUUGGCUAGUAUUGCCAUCGCGGCUCCCACUCGCACCAUCGAGAACCGCCAGCUGCCCGGUCUCGGUUCUGGCAGUGGUACCGGCACUGGUCUGGAUGCCUUGAAGUCUCUCAUUCCAGGUCUCUCCGGUAGCGGCUCCGGCACUCCUACCGGCAGUGGAUUGGAGGGUCUUAGUUCUCUCAUGCCGGGACUCUCUGGCUCUGGCAGCUCGUCCAGCAGUGGAUUGAGCGGUCUGGGUUCUCUCAUUCCAGGACUCUCCGGCGGCGGCUCCGGCACUCCUACUGGCAGUGGAUUGGAGGGUCUGAGUUCUCUCAUGCCGGGUCUCUCUGGCUCUGGCAGCUCGUCGAGCAGUGGAUUGAGCGGUCUGGGUUCUCUCAUCCCAGGACGCUCGACCUCUAGCACCGGCUCCGACAGCUCGUCAGGCGGCGGAUUUGGUCUCCCCAGUUUCGGCGGCUUGGGCUCUUCGACCGAGAACGGUGUGACUCAGAAUGAUGGCUGCAAGGAGUACACCUUCAUUUUUGCUCGCGGAACUAGCGAGAUGGGUAAUAUGGGCUCGGUCGUUGGACCCCCCGUCGCCAAGCAGUUGAACUCCUUGACCGGCGACAAGGUCACCGUGCAGGGUGUGACAUACCCGGCUGAUGCAGCGGGCAACGGAAUGAUGGGCGGAUCCGGCGGUCCCACCAUGGCCAAGCUUGUCAAGCAGGCUCUUAGCCAGUGCCCUAAGACUAAGGUCUUGCUGGGCGGAUACUCCCAGGGUGCGAUGGUCGUCCACAAUGCUGCCAACAGCCUCGAUGCUGGCCAGAUCACCGCUGCUGUUCUUUUCGGUGACCCACUCAAGGCCCAGGGUGUCGGUAAGCUUGCCAGUGAUAAGGUCAAGGAGUUCUGUAACAUGGGUGACCCCGUCUGCUUGAACGGAGCAAAUUUCAUGGCGCACAUUAGUUACGGCAGUGACGCCGAGACGGCUGCGAAGUUCUUGAUUGAAGCUGCUGGCGCUUCCACUUCUUCGUAG